UUCUCGCUAAAUUUCUGCAAGAAAAUGGAGAAUUUAGACAAAUACGAAGAAUUACAGACUUGCACACGCGAAAUGGCGGAUAAUUACUGUUCUAAGCACAAAAAUAGCCACGAAAAAGAGUUUUUAGCGGCCGAAAAGAGGCUGAUUGAAACAGUUGAAAAAUUGAUUGAUUUGCCCAAUAACAUAACUCAACAAGACAUUCUGACAAUUAUCUACAUUGUUGGCUGUGGUUUAAACAGAAGCAACUUUAACCAAGUUACAAGGAGAAAAUAUGCAACACUAGUAUUUGAAACUGCAGUUCAAAUUUAUGAAAAUGCACCAGUGGAAAACAGGUCCAGUCCUGAUUCUGAUGAAAUAAUGAUCAUGAAAAUCAAGUUUGAAUUGGCUCAGAUAUAUAGUUCUAAUGGACAGGUAAAAGAGAGCAUUCAACAUUACCAACACUCUUUGGCAAUUUCCAUUCACUAUAAUGAUGUUGCUAAUCAAAAAGAGAUUCUGCUUUGUUUAAGCAAAUCUCUAAUGGAAUUAAAGUUAUAUGAAGAAGCAACAAUAUCAAUUCUAAUACUGCUUGCUAUUAAAAAAGAUGUGUUUAAUGCUCUAAAUGGGAAUUUGGAGUCUUUACGGGUCCACUGGCCUGUAGAAAUAGAACACAGUGUGCAUUUUGACCUAUGUGUUGCAUAUGAGAAUAUUGGAUUACUGGACAAAGCAAUUGAAGAAGCAAACCAGCUUAAAAAUCUUGAAACAGAAAUUACAAAAAAUGAAAACAAUAUUAAGUUUUUUAAGGCAAAUUCUGUUCUUGGCCACUUGGAAGAAAAAGUUGGGAAUUUUGAGCAGGCUUUACUAUGUUAUAGAGCAUGGCUGACAGAAAUCACUGAACAGAAUGGAAAUACAGAAGAACAAAAGGCUCAAGCACUUAAAUUUGUUGGACAAGUUUUGCUGAAACUCAAUAAACACAGUGAUGCCCAACAGUGUUUCCAGACAAUUUUACAAAUAUCAAGAAACCUAACUGAAACUUGGCAAAUUGAGGCUUUACUGCUGUUAGGUGAAACUGAAUUGAACACAAACUUGCCAGAAGCAUGCUCACUGUUUAAACAGGCAUUAAAACUCUGUCAAAAUUUGAGACACGAGAAUUUGGAUCUAGAAGUACAGUGCAUGCUGAAGGAUGUUGCAGUUUUUGAAAAGGAACAACGUUUCGGUCACGCUUUAUACCAAUGUGAAUGUGCAUUAUCAUUAGCAAAGAAAUUAGGAGCAAACCAAAUGGUCAAAAAACUGGAGCUAAAAGUUGCAAUUCUUAGCCAGCAUUCUACCUCAGAAAAAGAGUUAUUGUACGCAGUCAGCGUAUUAUACACACAUAUUACAGAAGCUCUAACAACCAAAUCAAAUUUACAAAGUGAUGGCAUUAAAACUUUAGCAUUUGAAGAUGUUAUAAUGCUAGACAACUGCUUUAAGGCCCUCCAGGUUGUAUUACAGAGACUUGGUGAAACCAAACUAUCUUUGGCUGUAUCAGAAUGCCAUAAGUGCCAGGAAUAUUGCCAAGCAAGAAAUGAACUGCCAACAUUACCCAAAUUGAACAUGAAAGAUCUUAAUAUAACUGAACCAACUGAAGAAAUUCAAGUUAAAAUAUUGGAAGCAAAUGAAAUACUUUCCCCAGCAGCAGGCGUUACAAUACUUAACUACACACUCCUGGAUACAGGUUUUCUGUUACAAGUAUGCAAAGACACUCAUGUCUGUAUGAGUUACUUGCUGUCUGACCAAGUGGUCAACCCACAAAAAGUUAUGUUACGUUUAAAAGAUUUGGUCCAAAAUUUACAGAAAAGGGAAAAGGGCAGUUUGUCUGUGAAUGAAUGCACAAUAUACAACACAGAGAACAGGUCCAUGCCGACAAAUGCUUCCGAAAAAACAGGCAAAUUAAACAUUUUACUUCCAAAACUUGACAAAAGCAAGAAACAGCAAGGAGCUGGUGACAUGCCAGAUGAAAUGGUCCGAACAGAGAAAAAACAAGUCAAAUUCUCAGAAAAUGUGGUUUCCGAUUACAUACUAAAAGAAGGGAAAAUAAAUGAAAAAUCUGAAACUGUAACAAAAACCACAUCUGAACUGGACACACUACAAGAGUUAUAUUCAAUUCUUAUACAACCUGUGAGCUCUGUUCUAUCAAAACUAGAAGAUGCUGCAGCCCUAUGUGUCGUAACAGAAUCAUAUUUAUUUAAGAUUCCAUUCGAUGAACUGGUUAGCACUAUAGAUGGAAAAAGUCUUGGUGAAAAAUUCAACGUCACAACAAUACCUUGUGUAUCUGUUCUUAGCCCAAAUGAUGCACAAAGAGUAACUAAGAAGACAUCAAGACAAAAAUGUACAAGAAGAAACGAACUGCUUAAAAGUUAUGAUGAAACAAAGUUACAUUCACUUGAACUGACUGGUCUUGAUAAAGACUUAAUGGGGCUUGUAACGAGCUCUUGUACUGGAACCAAUAUAUUGACUUCACCACGCUAUUUAACUCCUUAUAAUCAAGUGUGCCCAAAUUUAAAAUCUUGUGUAAUGGGAUGUCCUGUUUACACUCAAGCAUUAAAACUACACAAUGAUGUAUGGCAACCUAAGUGCAGGUUUGGAAGUGGCAGGAAUGAAUGUAAAAAGGUUUCCCAAUAUUUGGAUGUCACACCAGUUCUUGAAAAUGAAGCAACUAAGCAAAGAUUUCUUGAAGAAUUAACCCAAUCUACUGUUCUGCAUGUCUGCACAUAUGGAAACUUAUAUGACGGUGUCCUUGCGUUUUCCCCUAACCCUUUUCCAGUUGAAAUUGCACCAUUGCCGAUGAGUAGCUACAUUAUAAGCCCUGAAGACUUAUAUGAAAUACAGAAUACCUCUGUUAAACUGCUGGUGCUAUCUUCAAUCCACAAAUGGCAAAUUGAACCAAAUUUGAAGCCCUUUAAACUAAUCAACGACUUACUAUAUUCGGGCAUAAAAUGCGUGGUCACAAAUUUAUGGCCCGUUCCAGAUAAAGUACAGGAGACGUUCUAUUUCAACUUUUAUCUUGAACUACAGUCGAAAUGUACAGUUUCAAGAGCUGUAUACGCCGCAAAAAUGUCUACAAAAGAACGAUACCCUGACCCUGUUCUUUGGGGUGCAUUCGGUGCGUUUGGAAAUAAUGUCACAAUUGACUUAAGCGAAAUACGGACUGCACAAACUCAACGCAAACUAAACGACACCGAGUCGAAUCUACUAUCUCCGCCUAACGUAGUGGAAGAAGCAAAAUCGGAAAAAACUUGCCUUUUCGAGCUCCAAUCUUUAAUUUCACGCUUGAGUGGUCACUUGUCACGUGAUGAUGACGUCAUUGCCUUUUUUCUUGGCAUACUAGAAGAAGCAACUGAAAGGUUAACAGCUGAUGACAAUUCUCAACGACCUAUUAUAUUACUACCUGAACCGGUAGCUAAAACAAACGGCGCCGCCGAGCUUCUAGAACGUCUCGGAUUUAACCUUCAAUCAGUAGAUCUUACGUCACUUCCCCCCAGCACACGUGACUCUAUCGGAAAUGACGUCAGUGCGAAAAUGUUGGUGUUUCCACAUUGGAAUCAAGACGGUUUGUUGUUACCUGCACACCAAGCACUAACUGGUUUACACGAACUACGUAUGAGCCACUGUACACUCAGAAGCCUGGCUACGGUCUUGCCUUUAUCUCAGCACAUGUUAUGUAGCCUUGUUGAUAUGUUAUCUGUCAUCCACCAUUCGCCUAAGGUCCAGUUACGUACGAAUGACGUCAGUCUGCAUGACGUAUGGCAGGUGCGUACCGUGCGUCAGUUCUUACGCUCAAUUGGAAUAAGCGACGUCAGAAAAUUGGUGAUUUUUCAAAGAACGAUUGAAAACAGGUAAAACUUGACCGUGAGCAUGAGGUGUAUGAAUUCACCA